AUGCCCGUGGUGCCAGGCCCAGCUCUUGGCACUGCUCUGGGCUUUGCUCAGCCCCUGCAUGGCCACGGCUGCUCCUCAGCUCUGAUGGCUGCCGGGGAAUCGGUGCCGUCCCCAUCCCGGUACCCCUUUCCCGCUGAGGGGCCCCUGCCUGGGGCGGAGAGGAGGAUGAAGGGGCUCAUCUCAGCCCCUCCAACCCUUCCUUCUCCCGGUGCUGGUUUCCGGUUUCCUGCAGGAAUCCUGGGAAUGGGCUCAGCCAUGGGCACGUGGUUGCUGCUCUUGGUGCUGCUGGUGGCAGCCCCGGCGGAGGCGGCGGCGCCGCGGCACCGCCCGGUGCUGCCGGACACUGCGGGCAGCGGGGACGGGGAUGAGGCCUCAGCCACGCUGCCCGCCCAGCCCGUGACCCCCCGCAUCAGCCCCACCGUGGGGGCGGCACCGGGGACCACCGUGACCAACAGCUCGGCGCCGGGCGUGCUGGACGGGCUGGUGGACUUCUUCAAGGAGUACCUGCUGCUGGUGGUGGUGGUGGGCUCGCUGUCCUUCGUCCUCCUCUUCAUCAUCUGCGCCGCCGUCAUCGUCCGGCAGAAGCACAAGGCCUCUGCCUACUAUCCCUCCUCCUUCCCCAAGAAGAAAUAUGUGGAUGAGCGGGACAAGUCGGGGGGAGCGCGGGACUUCAGCGAGGUGCCCGACAAAGCCCCCGAGGCCGGCGCGGAGGAGCCGCUGGACGGCGGCCGCCAGCUGCAGGCCGACAUCCUGGCUGCUGCCCAGAACCUCAAAUCCCCCCACAAGGCACCGCUGGCCAACGGGGCCCAGGGCGAGCAGAAUGCCCCUCAGGAGGAGGAGGAGAAGGAGGAAGAGGAGGAAAUAAAGAAGUUGGGGGAUGAGCAACCCAAGCCCCGUGCCCAAAAUGCGGGCGCGGAGGAAGCGGCAAGCGCAGGAAGCAAGGAUGGAGGAUGCAGCCCUGCUGCCUGCCAGGAUGGCUCCCAGGCUCCCUCUGGAAUCUGA